ACAUUUUCUUUACAGCCAACUGUAACUACUACUGACUAGAAAUGUCAGACGCAGAGGAAACAACAACAGCAGCAACUGUGGAUAUGGCCUCUAGCAUGACCACAGCCACCAAUUACUUACAGACGCGCAAAGGCAUGGUAAUGGCAGGAGAAAUGCUUCUCUGCAUGUUGUCUAUCAUUGGCAAGACUGUUCCAGUCAAUGUGAGUUGCAACAUCCAUGUGCCUAUUGCACAGAUUGUGUUUGGCACUUUGAUGCUAAGUGGCUUUGCUAAAGGCUUGGACAAGACAUCCUUUCAGGCCCACUGGCUGUUUUGUGACCUCAUCAGGGUUGUGAAUGGGUCAGUCAUGCUCCUGGUGACUUCAGGCCAAUGCUUUGUUGCGAUCGCUAGCACGGUUCCCUCACUCCUAGCAGGGGAGAUAUUGGGAUUGUGUGCGGGUGGCUUAUUUGCUUAUGAUACUUUCUUAGUGUUCUCUAUGAUAAAGAGUACACCUGCCCACCCCUGACCCAGAGCUAACGAGAGUUGUGUGUUCAGGGAAGCUGACAGAUCGGGGACAAAGGGGGCACUUGUCCCGGGCCCAGGGAGAGAGGGCCCCAGAAGUGGAUCCUCAUUACAUAUGUAUAGGGCUUGGGGCCCUUUCAGAUGUCUUUGUCCCGGGUCCAGCCAAAGCUAUCAGCGGCCCUGGAUGUGUUAACCGGCAUUCCCAGCGAAAUAUGUAUUGUCAUGUAUUAUUUGGCAUUUUGUGAAUGAAAGAUAAAAUACUCG